AUGAUAGCCAAUUCAGACGUAAUAAAAAAGUACGAAAAGCCAAUUCGUCAAAGCUUAAAAAGUGACAAAAAUCGAAAUAGUGGAGGGACCCUUUUGUCAUGGAAUAAAAAAGCAGCCUCCCUCAAAUCGCGGGACCAAAGUGUCAACAGUUACGAUUCGAGACCUGCUAGAGUCACCAAACGUUCCAUAGUAGAGGUUUAUAUAGAACCCAGAACUUUGGCUGCAGAGAGAGUCGAUUGA